GUCGUGGGUCAUUCCUCUCUCAAAAUGGAGUUGUCUGAGUCGGUGCAGAAAGGGCUGCAGUCUCUAGCAGACGCGAAGUUUUUCGACAUGAAAACCUUCUCAGUGUUCAUAGAAGUGGCUUUUCGCAGUUUGCUAUCAGCCCAUGCAGAUCGUAGUGUUCUCGAUCAGCCUGAAUUUAAACGUCUUGAUCAGAAGUUGCUGAAACAUUGUCAUACUGCUGCCACGACCUGCAUACUGGAGGGGGUCAAACAAAAUGCUGACAAGUCCACUAUAAGUGCGUGCUUGGAGGAUGUUGGUUUUGAUGCGGAGAGAACAGAAGUUUUCUACACUACGUACCAGAAAUGUAGAAGUGAUCUGGAAACUCUAUUGUCAAGUUUAGGGAGAUGUCCACCUCAUAUCAAUGACGUGUCCUGGCGCCUGGAGUACUGUAUCAAGAACGGGCAUGUGCAUAAGGUCAACGAGCCGUCCUAUCUGAUUUCAUUAAACGUUCAGAAUGCCAACAACGGAGGAUCGUCAGAAGAUCUACAUUUUAGCUGCACGAUGGAGCAACUUCAGGAUUUGGUGGGAAAGAUGAAAGACGCUGCCAAGAGUCUCGAGAAGGCUACGCAGUUGUAAACUUGCGUUGUGCUCGAAGCGCCCUGCAAGAACUGUGGAAUCCGGUUUCUCACGUGACCCCUCUUCUCAAAGCAGUGUUGAUAUUAUGUGUGCGCAUUGUAUUUUAUACUAAUUUCUUUCAUAAGUAUAUAUACUGUUGGUUGUCGGUUCUGCAAAGAUGUAUUAUCAAUAAAUACGUUCAAUGAAA